CACGUCGGCGCAGAGGAAGCCGGGCGGCCAUCUUGGAUCAUCCGGCACUCUCGCUGAAGGAGGGAGGGAAGCGGGGAAGGAAGGAGGGAGCGGGCUGGCUGGCUGUCUCAGAGGCGGGCCGGGGCCUUUCCUUUCUCCCUCUCGCACCGGAUUGAAGCAUGGGAGUCUAGGCCCGGUGAAGCCUAGGAAAGGCGGAGGGGCGGACGGAAGCCUCCGAGGGACAAUCCUGGUGCCCAGCAGAGAGGGCCAUUCUUUUUCCUCCCUCCUUCCUUCCCCCUCCCCUUCCCCCUUUCCUUAGAGCACUGCAGGGCCUUCUUUCCUUCCUUCCUUCCCUGAGAGCUGCUUCCCAUUCUCCCCCUCUUUUCCUAAUCCUAAUACAUUCACCCUUCGUCCCUCCUUGCCUUGCCUUGCCUUACCUCCAUGAGAGCCCCUCUCCCCUUUAAUCCUCCUUCUCCACCUUCUCAGGAGCCUAAUCUCCCUGUGGGAUGAUCCCCGAAGGCUCCCGAAUGCUUCUCAAUCAGGCUGGAAUAUAAAUGAGACAGGGGGCUCCUCUUCGUGGAAGAGGAGGAAGAGGCGGCCCAGAAAUCACCCCCCACAUCUCACUCCUUUUUUUCCCCUUGAUGGUGGCAACUCCUAACCGCUGUCAAUCAUGCUGUAAACCUAUUCUUUUCUUGUAAAUAUCUAUCUAUAUAUUUAGGGGAGGAGGAGGGCGUUAGGAUUUUUUUUAUCUCCCCCCCCCCUUAUUUUUUAUAUAUAAUAAUAAUUAUCACUGGGUUUUGCCAUCGCAAACGGGGCUUCAGCACAAAGUGAAUGAAAAUGUCCACCAGAACUCCAUUGCCCACCGUGAAUGAGCGGGACACUGAAAAUGAUGCCGGAACUUCAGUAGGGGAAAGCUUUUGUGAAAAGCACACCUCUCAUGGUGAAGGACGGCAGGAAGUUUCCUCUCGAACUAGUCGCUCUGGGGCCCGCUGCAGAAAUUCUAUAGCUUCCUGCACAGAUGAACAACCCCAUAUUGGGAACUACCGACUCCUUAAAACAAUUGGAAAGGGGAAUUUUGCAAAAGUAAAGCUGGCAAGACACAUCCUUACUGGCAGAGAGGUUGCAAUAAAAAUUAUUGAUAAAACUCAAUUGAAUCCAACUAGUCUACAGAAGCUUUUCAGGGAAGUAAGGAUAAUGAAGAUUUUAAAUCAUCCCAAUAUAGUUAAAUUAUUUGAAGUAAUUGAAACAGAAAAAACACUCUACUUAAUCAUGGAGUAUGCAAGUGGAGGGGAGGUGUUCGACUAUCUAGUUGCACAUGGAAGAAUGAAGGAAAAGGAGGCAAGAGCCAAAUUUAGACAAAUAGUAUCUGCAGUGCAGUAUUGCCACCAAAAGCAUAUUGUUCACAGAGAUCUCAAGGCUGAAAAUCUUUUGCUUGACGCAGAUAUGAACAUUAAAAUAGCCGAUUUUGGUUUUAGCAACGAGUUUACAGUUGGAAAUAAACUGGACACAUUUUGUGGCAGCCCUCCUUAUGCUGCUCCAGAGCUCUUCCAAGGCAAGAAGUAUGAUGGACCUGAAGUAGAUGUUUGGAGUUUGGGUGUUAUUCUUUAUACUCUUGUGAGCGGAUCUUUGCCUUUCGAUGGGCAAAAUCUAAAGGAACUGAGAGAGAGAGUGCUGAGAGGAAAAUACAGGAUUCCUUUCUACAUGUCAACAGACUGUGAAAACCUACUAAAACGUUUUCUGGUGCUAAACCCAACCAAAAGAGGCACUCUUGAGCAAAUCAUGAAGGACAGAUGGAUCAAUGCAGGGCAUGAGGAUGAUGAACUUAAACCUUUUGUUGAACCAGAGCUAGACAUCUCGGACCAGAAAAGAAUAGACAUUAUGGUUGGAAUGGGAUAUUCUCAAGAAGAAAUACAGGAAUCUCUUAGUAAAAUGAAAUAUGAUGAAAUCACUGCUACGUAUUUGCUACUAGGAAGGAAAUCAUCAGAAUUGGAUGCAAGUGACUCAAGCUCUAGCAGCAAUCUUUCACUCGCUAAGGUCAGGCCAAGUAGUGACCUAAACAACAGCACUGGACAGUCUCCACACCACAAAGUACAGAGAAGUAUAUCUUCCAGCCAGAAGCAACGACGCUACAGUGACCAUGCUGGUCCAUCUAUCCCUCCAGCAGUGGCAUAUCCAAAAAGAAGUCAGACUAGCACUGCAGACAGUGACCUCAAAGAAGAAGGGACUCAAUCACGGAAAUCUAGCAGCAGUGCUGCUGGGGGAAGAGGAAUAGCUCCUGCUAGCCCCAUGCUUGGAAAUGCCAGCAAUCCGAAUAAGGCUGAUAUUCCUGACCGUAAGAGAAGCUCUGCUGCACCCAGUCUCUUCUGUCGUUCCUGGAAAAUUGAUCAGUGGCUUGGGCCUAUCUCCACACUCUUUCUCUAUAAAGACAGAGGCAAAAAUAAUACUGCACCUGGAGCAAUGACACGACGGAAUACAUAUGUCUGUAGUGAAAGGGCAACUACAGACAGACAUUCAGUCAUUCAAAAUGGCAAGGAGAGCAGCCUGACUGAAACGUUCGUUUAUGCAGCUAGCCCUGAUACGCUUUAUGCCACGUCCUCCACCUGUGUUCGACUGCGACAUCAGAAGUCCAUGUCCAUGUCAGCCUCUAUGCAUGCGAAGAUGAUGUUACCUUCAUUAAUCAAUGGCACAGAUAACCUCAGGUCUAUUGCUAUUCCCGACCAGAGGACGCCAGUAGCUUCUACUCACAGUAUCAGUAGUGCAACAACGCCUGACCGCAUCCGCUUCCCAAGAGGAACUGCCAGCCGUAGCACGUUCCAUGGCCAACUUAGAGAACGGCGUACGGCCACUUACAAUGGACCCCCUGCAUCACCUAGUCUAUCGCAUGAAGCAACACCACUCUCACAAACACGAAGUAGGGGCUCCACUAACUUGUUCAGUAAAUUGACAUCAAAGCUUACAAGAAGAAACAUGUCAUUCAGGUUUAUCAAAAGGCUUCCAACUGAAUAUGAGAGGAACGGGAGAUAUGAGGGCUCAAGUCGUAACGUUUCUGUUGAUCAGAAGGAUGACAACAAAGAAGCCAAGCCCCGUUCACUACGAUUUACUUGGAGCAUGAAAACUACCAGCUCCAUGGAUCCAAAUGACAUGAUGAGGGAAAUCCGUAAGGUCCUGGAUGCCAACAACUGUGAUUAUGAACAGAGGGAGCGCUUCUUGCUUUUCUGUGUCCAUGGGGACGGUCAUGCAGAAAACCUGGUGCAAUGGGAGAUGGAGGUGUGUAAGCUGCCAAGACUGUCACUGAACGGAGUCCGCUUUAAACGGAUAUCGGGAACAUCCAUAGCAUUUAAAAACAUUGCUUCCAAAAUUGCCAACGAAUUAAAGCUGUAAUGAGAAGAGCAAUCAAGUUUGUAAAUUUAAAGUAGCAAUUUCAAGUGGUUUUUUUUUUGAGAGAACAUCAAUGAAAAUGUAUAGAAUAAUAUUUAGGGCAAUAACUUCUGCAUCUUCUGAAUCAUGAUAUUAAAGCAAACAAACAGUUGAGACAAGCUGCUGAGCUGGGAAGGGAGAGUUGGACUUUUUUUUAUAAGUGCACUACAGCAUUAAAGUUGCCUACUAUGUAAAAUAUUAUUUCCUUCUGCUUUAUUUACAGAGCUCUUGAGUCUUGGCGAACAAUCUGAAACACACAAUAUAUACAUUUGAGUAUUCCUCCUGUUUGUGUGGAUGUGUGAAUGUACAGUAUGUGUGUAUAAUUAUAAUAUAAAAGUAUUAUAUGUAAACAAUUCAUUUAUAGCAUCGAAACUGUACCAGUCCCUCUGUUGAGGCUAAUUUUGGUGCUAAAAUCGAAAUGGCCAAGGUGGAAACACUUGAAAAUAAUUGAUUAGUUAACCAGUAAAUGCAGGUUUUACAAUUCACUGCUGUGUUUAAGUUUAGUAUGAAGAGUUUUGGCUUAUGGUUGUGAACAUUAUUCCUGUGGGGAUUUUUCAUUUGCUUUCAUGAGAUAAUUCAAAACUCAUGUUGUUGUUUUUUUUCCAGGUCUUGCAUUCUUUCUCCCACCUAUUUAUUAUUAUUUAAGUCUGAAAUCAAAUUAAAACUACACAUUUGUGAUAAUUAAAAUUGUGGGGAAAUGCUUCAA